ACAUCGUCACUCUUGACCCACACGGCGGUUGCCAAUCCACUCUCAUCUCACAUCCACAUCCAUCCACAAUCCAAUGGCCAAGGUCCCACGCAACUUCCGCCUGCUGGAGGAGCUCGAGAAGGGCGAGAAAGGCAUCGGCGAGGGUCGUGUUCGUAUGGGCUCGAGGAUGGCGACGACAUCAUGAUGAGCCACUGGAACGGGACGAUCAUCGGUCCGGGGCAUACGGUGCACGAGAACCGCAUCUACUCCCUCAAGAUCACGUGUGGCGAGAGCUAUCCGGAGGCGCCGCCGACCGUGCAGUUCCUCUCCCGCGUGAACCUGCCCUUCGUCUCGCAGACCGACGGUGUCGUGAACCCGCACAGCUCCCCGUGCUCGCGUACUGGAACCGCAACGGGAGCAUAGAGACGGUCUUGGUCGAGAUCCGGAGGGAAAUGGCCUCUCCCGCGAACCGCAAGCUUCCCCAGCCACCCGAGGGAAGCAUGUUCUAGAGAGUCUGAGGAUUCUUUGGGACCUGAGGAUGAAUGUACGAAACCCAUGUAUGAGUAAUACGAAUCCGACACUUGGGGGCAAUUUGCCUACUUGAUCGCCUUCAGCCGUCUUCUUGAUAACAUAGGCACGAGUCAUAAACUUGAUGGUGAAGCACAUGCAUUCAUUCAGCGGACUGCAUUAUUAACGCCCCUUGAAAUCCGUUUUCUUUACUUGUGACUUUCAUUGGUGCAACUGGAAAGGGU